GGAGCAGCAGCUUGGAUUCGUUCCUCAGUGCAACGCCAGCCAGCAAAGCGAUCGGUUCAGUUCGGUCGGGAAACCAGAGAAGAUACAUUUCGAAGAAACAUUAAGAAGAAACUUAAUCCGGAACCAUGAGCAAGCAGCCUCCACCGUACAGUGAGCAGUCCGGAUACACUCCCGCACAAACCUAUCAGCCCGGUGGCCCCACCCAGCCACCACUGUACCCACCCAUGCCGCAGCCACCACAAUCCUCCACGGUGAUCAUCCAGACCACCACCACCUCCAACCUGGUGCCCAUCGGCAGUGGGCCCACCCGCAUCCGCUGCCCCUCCUGCCACGCCGAAGUACUGACCACCGUGAAGGCCACUCCCUCGGGCAGGACGCACUGCUGGGCCCUCAUCCUGUGCCUCUUCAUCUGCUGGCCCUGCGUGUGUCUGCCGUACUGCAUGGACUCCUGCCAGAAUGCCAACCACUACUGCCCCAACUGCAGUGCCUACAUCGGCACCUACGAGAACUAACCAACUAACGUCUAUUUCUAUUUAUGCAUAAAUGUAGAAAACCUUAAGCACUAGCGUCAUAACUGAAAUUGAAUUGUAAAUAUACAAACUGUCACGCAUUAAACUCAUGAGACUCACACAGGAAA